CACAACUAACAUACUACCUUCAGACAAUUCAAGAGUAUUCUCAACAACCAACCCUUCGAAACAAACUCUCAUCAUGAAGUUCAAUAUCAGUACCCUUUCCGCUGCGAUUUUCGCUGUUCUGGCAUUUGCCUCACACGCAUCAGCAGCAAACGCCUUCAGGGACACAGAAGAGAACGUUUACGAGAACACACACCCAUGGCCAAAUGUCAAAUCAUCGCAGGCUUUGGGCGCCAAACUCUCAAGGGAUGAACCCAAACCUUUAUCUCCAGCCCUUCAACUUUAUGGCAAGGUAAGUUCCUAUUGUCACCGUGUCAGAACGAUCCUGACGACAGAUAGUGUAUCGAGUAUUGCUACGAGACGGCCCGCUAUACGGUGCUUCGAGAAGGAACCUGGUCAGGGGAGAAAUGCCCGGUAGCGUGCCAGGAGGAACCGAACGUGAGUUUACUACAACAAAAAUUUGAUAUAUACUCUUGUGCUAUGUUUCAUGUGCUGAUAGUUGAAAAGUAUCUCGAACGUUCCACCGAAGCAUGGCAGACGCUCUUCGCAUUGGAGGCGCAGGACUGCGAGAGGGCGGCAUCAAACUUCGUGGCGGUCCAUCCUCGUGGUGCGGUGUCUCUACCAAAUCACCUGAAGAACCUAGGGUGUGCUUAG